AUUAAGUGCCGUAACGUGUUGCAGGAUUAAUAAUUUAUAUUUCAUAAAUAUUUUGAUCAAUAAUUUUGAGUGCUCCAUAAUUUGUGUACAAAUAAUUAAACUAGAAUCGUUUUACACUUAAAAAUAGAGACAAAGUGGCAAGUGAAAACUUAUAAAUAAUUAGGUUUAGGAACAUUUAUGUAUCAAUAGUAAUUAAAGUAACUAAACAAUAAUUGUGAACACAUAGAAUACCUACCUAUCAAUUUCUCUUUUUAGAAAUAUCUUACCACAUUUGUGCAUAAAAUGUUGGAAACAGAUGAAGUUGACGUGGAUCUUUUCACACCUGCACCUGGAACUUCGUUGGCUUCGAUAUUCAAUGCGAAUCAAAUUGAACCGGACAAGGAAAACACUACAUUAAAGUAUGUUCCACAAACACCAGCACAGCCUCCGCAGGAACCAACAUCAGAAAAACCUAAAAGUGCCUCAGUCACCAACUGCAUUUUUGCAACUGCCAUUUCAGGAUAUGAAUGGACAAAUGGAACAUACAAUCUGCAUGAGAAUUUGGGUUUUGCAAUAAUUAAAUCAGCAACAGAUAAUACCCAUCAUUUGUUUAUUUAUACCUCUGAAAAGCGUACACUUUCCCUUGCAACUAUCAAUUCCACAUUUAUUGUCAAUGUAAAAAAAGAUGUCAGUAUAUCAUAUUAUGAUAAUUUUAAAAAGUAUUGGCUUAUCUGUGCUCCAGCUGCAAAAAUAGCCAAUAUUGUGGAUUGCCUUCAAAAUAUUAAUGUAAAUAUAAAGCAUUCCACUGACGAAAAUGUAGAGGAAGUUUUAGAUGACACAGUGGCUUCUAAAAAAAAUGUAGGAAGUGAUGGAGAUUUAUCAAAUAGUAAAGAUUCUAUCUUGAAGAGAAUGGCUAAUAUGGGCCAGUCAGUAUUGCCUCAACUAAAUAAUGUAACAGUUCAAUCUACAGAUUCAACUGAUGAACAUGAUGAUGAAAACAAUCUGAACUUUACUAGACAUAAACUCACCAAAAAUACAGCAAAGCGAUCGACAGAGAAAAAUUCACAUUCUACAAACAAUCAUUUGGAAUCAAAUAAGCCUCACCCUCCUGCAAGGCCAUUGAUUGAAAAUUCUACCAGUAUUUUGCCACUGAAACAAGAACUUGCCCUUAUAAAAAAUACUGAUCUUAAAGGACCUAGUAACACUCAAUAUUCGGAUUUGAAUUCCUAUGAUAUGCAUAGUUUCAUAUCAGAGCAAAGAAUAAGCAAUACAGAGUUGCGUAUCAAUGUCAAUCGAUUGUCUGAUAAAUUGGAACUAUUGACAUUGAACAAAGCCUCAGAAUUAGAAAAAACGCAAUCUACAUCAAAGCAACCAAUGAAUAUUGUAGAGAAACUUAUAAAAGAAUAUGAAAGUAAAAUUAUGAUUUAUGAAAAUUUCAUUAAAUCUAAAGGAUUUGAUUGUAGUUUAAUAUUAGCAAGUCCUAAUGAAACAAGUAUUCCCAAUUCGGAAGAUGGUAAAGGAAAUGACAAUUUACAACUUUUGUGCCAAGAAAAAGACAAGGAAAUUGAAGAUCUUAAAAAUAAACUCCAAAUCAUAACCGAAUCACAUGCCACUAUAUCAGAAAAUUAUAAAACAUUUGAAAGUUUCCUAUUAAAUGAAAUAAAUGAACUAAAAAAAGAUGUAACUGACAAAAACGAUCUCAUUACCAAAAUGGAUACUAAUAUUCAAGUCUUAAUGGAAAAUCAUAAUAAAAAUGAUAUGAAUAAUAAAAUAAAGAAAUUGAUGAACAACACAUAUCAAACAAUUUCUAUGAAUUUUAAUGAUGAUGAGAAUUAUCCAGGUGCAACAGUAAAAACCAUUGUUGGGGCAGUUAUUAAAAAUUCUACACUGGAAUCCUUUUAUGAUAAUAAUUGUCUUUAGAUUAUGGCGUAUGUACUCAACUCUAUUAAUAUUUGUCAUAAUUGUUAUCUGUAUAUUAAAGCAAUAAAAUUGGACUGUAAUCUUUGAA